UACAGCUUGACACAUGCAAAUAUCGACAAUAAGCGGUGUGUCGAGUGUAGGUAGAUAAAAACAACGUGAUGGCUUAAGCUACCGAUUUAUCAUCUCAGAAGGAACCAUGACUUUAUGAGGCAAGCCAGACUUGAUUGAGGAGUGUGAACGUCAUGGGAGGCUGCCAAGGCAAAUCCGCUCUCGGAGUGGAUGACGUCGAAUACAGCAAGAAACCCAAGCCUCCUAAGCCCCAGAAGAAACAGAGUGGGAAGCGGAAAUAUUCCAAGUCAAGUAUACACACAUAUCCAAUAGACAUUCCUGUCCUUGUGCAUGAUAGGCAGGAAAUCUGUCAUUCAUCUCAACCCAAUGGUCAUGUGCACAGUGAUGAGGAGCCCAAGAAGGAGAGAAUUCGCGGAUUACCAGAACCAGAUUUCCCGUCAUACGGACCAGAAGUGACGCGCUCAGACUCAUGUGACCCAGACACACCACAGCCAUGUGACGCAGAAUCCUCUGUUUCAUGUGGCUGUGAAUCGCCGGAGAUAGACUCGCCAUUUGUGGAUGAGCCUGAGACAAGGUGUAUUCCUCCGUCAGACAGCGGUAUCUACAGCCUGUCCCAGUCCUCUCAAGAAACCACGCCCACAUCUGUCAACGGUCCACAUUCUCAGGACCACACCUCUGGACCCAUCCCCGAGGAGAUGCCCCUCCACCCUCGGGACACCUCCACUCCUACAGAGCCAGAAUUCUGCACCUCCUCCACUCAGACCGUUGGAUCGAGCUCUCUGGAUGAUAUUUGUGACUCCUCAGACCGACCAGAACCCCCGACAAACCUGCCUGUUAAGCGCUUCCUCAGCCACCAUGGCCUGCCCCCUCAAAGGCCCCAGUCUGAGUCCCGCUUCAGCUUUAAGCGUCUGAGGAAGAGAAAGGGUGGGGCUGUGAAGACCAGCAUUAGGGGCUCAUGGAAGUCCCAAGACAGCUUUGAUAUCAAUUCCAUGUUAAAGACAGGCUUGAGUCGGACAAACAGCGAAUGCUCAGAGAUGUGUUUGUGUGAUGAGCUUAACAGUAUACAGGCUCCUUUAGCACAGUUUGACUCUAUACUUACUAUGGACUCUCCAUCGUGUGGAAGUUUGAACAGAUUACCUCACAACCAGAGUGUGGAGAAUGUGAUAGACAACCCUUCUGGCCAGUUGACGUGCAGUGUGUGUAAGGGAGAUAACUCCAGCCUUCACACAUCAAGCAGAUCUCGUCCUCCCAGCCAAAGGAAUUCUUGGUCAGAACAACAUGGGUCUGAGGGUGAAACGUCUGCUAUUAGGGAGACCCCACGGGAAGAGAGCACAGACUCUGAUGGGGUGAUGACCGUGUGCAUAGAUGGGAAGAACAUGGUGGCUUUGGACCAGGAAACCUAUACCCAGUUGUUGUCAGACCUGGCUCUUGUCAAGGUCAAGCUACAGCGCAUUUAUAACUUACUUCUGCAGGAGGAGUUUGAUUCCAUAUCUGACAUCAUCAACAACAGUGGCCUGGAGACAUGUUUGGUGGACACGUAGCAGUCAGCUCUCCUUUGUUGGAGGUGAGUACCAGGUAUGCAGCCUCCCCAUGUGCUGUGACAGAGCUGUAACAGCUACAUCCAUACGUUGAUGUGACACCUACAGAAAUACCUGCUUGUGUUACAGGUGAGCCUAAGGCACAUGGGUAUAUAUCCACGUGUCCAGAAUGGUGGUGCGGACUAUAGGAAGCUCACCAGCAAGGGACCCGCAGUAACUUCUCAGGAAGGUGAUUGUCAUUGAGGGGAAGUAACUCAUACUGACCAAAUGUAUAUACUUGCAGACCAAUUUUAACAUUUAGCAAGGUUUACCAUUUCAAAAGAGGAUCAAUUCUACAUAUAUACAUGUUUCUAUGUUACCUGGAAAUUUUUAUACCAAAUAUACAAAUUUAUGAGAUGUUUCAAAUUUCUAUCCAUACCCUUGACCAGAAAAGAGAGAUGUGGUGCAUUUGAAUGUUUUCAUGUCAUAUCUUGGGAUGUUUCUAACAUACUCGAACUUGAGAUAGAUGUUAUGUCAUGGCCAUAGGUCAUGUAAAGCUCUGUAAUAUCUGCUGUAGUGUACUGUGUGAUAGCUUGACUAAUUUGAGAUACCUGUAUCAAAAACAGAGACUAGCAAGAUGUUCUUUGAGAGUACAAAUCUUACAUAUGUAGUGUAAUUGUUUAGUAGGUAAUUGAGGGUUGGAGGUAUUCUGUUAAAGUAAAUGUGUAUGAAGUUGGUCUCUUCUCUAGAGUAAGUUUACACAGCUGGUCAUUUAGUGCUAUGAUAGAAGUUUAUUAAUAAUAUUCAAGGUUUAUUGUGGAUAAAAUUAUUUGAAGGGGAAUAAUCUUUAUUUAUUUUUUGGGGGGAUCAUAUUUUUGUACCAAUCAUGUUGUGAAGUAGAACUGUC